AUGACCUUGAGUGUGGAUGACAACGAGUCGGUUACUAGACAAUACAUUGGCGAUCUUGAACAACGAGUCAAGUCUCUAGAGAACGAACUCGCAGCGGCGCGCCGAAUUGGCCAUGCAUCUAGAGAACCCUCGGCGCCUGCAGGUCCUUCAGAUUCGCAAGACCACCGAGAGCACUCCCCCAAUUUCAUUGAGGGCGGUGGGAUAAGUUUUAUGCGACACCUGUUCGCGGACUCAGAAUGGCGUGAACAUGAUCCGAGCUUGCUACAGAAUUUUUCUAAAGGCUCCGGGCCGGCCGAAGCGGGAGUCAGAGCAGCACUCCUUCCACCUCCGGAUGAAGCGAGGUUAAUCUUUGAUAAGUACUUGAAUGGAUCUCAUGUCCAGAACCCGUUUCUCCUUCGGCGCGAAGUACAGAGUAUCUAUAGCAAAGUGUUCCUGUCAACUUCUGAAGACAAGCAAGGUAAAGCUUCGGAGCGGGAUGCAAAGCAAAGUUUUUUUCGGGCUUUCAUGAUCCUUGCUAUCGGAUCGGUUCUGCCUUAUCGCAACGGGGAAUUUGAGCAUCAUCCAUAUGGCUACUAUUUGUCUGCGCUGAAGUACUUUGAUGACAGUUUCCUCUCUGGAGGGCUCGCAUCAAUUCAAGAUCUCCUACUUGUGAGCCGGUUUGCGAUAUACCACUACGUCGGAACAUCCAUUUGGGAGGUCACUCGGCUAGGUAUGCGCAUGUGCAUAGAACAAGAUCUACACAAGGCCAUUCAUUCAAGCCGCAAGAUUGGCCUUUUGCAAGAGCAACUUCAACGGCGAGUGUUCUGGCAGUGUUAUAUGAUUGACCGAUAUAGCUCAAUUACUUUAAUUCGCCCAUUUGCCAUUCGCGACAAAUAUAUCCAGAUUGGGCUUCCGGUGGAUGCGAAUGACGAGGAAAUCGAGGCUGCGGAGCGCUCAGGUGCCUUUUCUGACCUAGAUUCCUUGGGAUCUAUGUCUUCUCUCACGUCAGUGACGACACGGAUCACCGAGAUGUCUAUCUUUUUUGCUUGCUUAAGGCUCCGCCAAAUUAGUGCCCAGAUUCAUCGUGAAUUUGGUGGCAAAGAAAUCCGUCGGGCUAUGCAAAGUGAUACCACAGCAAGAGGGGUCAUUUACUCCAGUCUAGACAAGCUACUAAAGGAACUCGAUCAAUGGCGCUCCUCCACGCCAGUCUUUCACAACCCGCAAAGCCUCUAUCAGAUGCCAGAGUGGUAUGACCUUCUUUGUCUCAGGGAGCGCCUUUUACUAGUCAGAAAAGCGAUCGACAUCGUUCCAAAGCGAGAUAAUAUCCCGCCGAGAGAUUUGUUGUCCCUGUGCCUUGAGUGCGCAUUUGGGGCCAUCACAGGCUACUGUCAACUUCUUGAGCUGAAGAAGAUCACCUUCACUCGAAGUUACUUUCAAAUGCUCUUCACCGCGGGUCUUUCCGUGAUGUUUUGCUUAUCUGUCGUGAAAGACUUUGAUCCACAGACUAUCCAGAAAAGCACGGAUGCAGUGAUCAUGGGUGAAAACGCCAUGAAGAAAAUGAGUGAAGAGCUUCCAGAUGCAAAACGUUAUGUCGCCGUUUAUGAAGCUUUGCGAUGGUAUGUCAUUCGCAAAUACGGCCGCCCGCUGCAAGUUGAAUGUUCAAAUAGUCACCCUUCGCUGGAGGUGAAUAACGCACAUUCCCGAUCUUUAGCGCCCGCUCUCAUGGUAGAUCCAAAAGCUUGUCAUGGCCAAGCCGAUGGCCGACCCCACUUGGAUCAACCUGAGAUCCUAUCCACUGGAGCGAGUGUCUCUCCAGGCCUCCAUGUACAUUCCUCGCUCCAUGCUACGCUCAUCGAGCCUGCAUUCACUCAUGGGAAUGUACGUACGCAAGACGGUACGAAUUUAUCAGAAGGCUCCAUACUGUCUUGGGAUAUAUUUGAAGACAACACAUUAUGGAAUAUGGAGGCCGGUUUGAACGAGUAUGCUUAUGGAGACCCCCCAAUGAGUUUGUAUUUUGAUGGUAUGUUUGAUUUGAUUUAA